GUGCGCCUGCGCACUGCCUGCUCUCUCGCGGGGUUGGCUGGGGACCAGGGACAUCUGCGGCGAAACCAAGAGGAGACCGCUGCCGGGGACAUGUGGCGGCCGAUGCAACUCUGCCACUUCCACUCUGCUCUGCUGCAGAGCAGGCAGAAGCCCUGGCCAUGCCCUGCCAUAUUCUUCAGGAGGAACUUCAAGAGCCCACUGCCCAGGACCUCAAGAACCAGGCUGCUGUGGAGGAGGACACUCUCUGCCACUGCGGUGGGGGUGCCCUUGCUCCUCGGAGCCCGCUAUUUCAUGGCAGAGGCGCAGGAGAAGAGGAAACUGCGACUCGCGGUAGACGGCCUUGGGCGCUUUGGCAGGUCUCUGAAGGUUGGUCUCCUCAUUUCCCUGGACUACUGGUGGUGCACAAAUGUUGUCCUCCACGGAGUGGCAGAGAUUUUCCUCCAUGCCUGUGGUCAGAACAGCCCGGAGUACGUGGAGGUGAUGUCUGCGUGUCACCAGCGUGCGGCUGACGCCCUGGUGGCAGGAGCCAUCCGCAAUGGGGGCCUCUACGUGAAACUGGGUCAAGGGCUGUGCUCCUUCAAUCACCUGCUGCCACCCGAGUACAUCCAGACAUUACGUGUGUUGGAGGACAAAGCUCUUACUCGGGGCUUCCGGGAGGUGGAUGAGUUGUUCCUUGAAGACUUCCAGGCACUGCCUAGUGAGCUCUUCCAGGAGUUCGACUAUCAGCCGAUGGCUGCUGCAAGCCUGGCUCAGGUGCACCGUGCCAGGCUCCAUGAUGGCACCUCUGUGGCUGUCAAGGUACAGUACAUCGACCUACGAGACCGCUUUGAUGGGGAUGUGCACACACUGGAACUCCUGCUGCAGCUCAUAGGGCUCAUGCACCCCAGCUUCAGCUUCAGCUGGGUCCUACAGGAUCUGAAGGGGACCUUGGCCCAGGAGCUGGACUUCGAGAAUGAGGGCCGAAAUGCUGAGCGCUGUGCUCAGGAGCUAAAGCACUUCCGUUAUAUUGUUGUCCCUCGGGUGCACUGGGACAAGUCCAGCAAGCGGGUGCUGACAGCUGACUUCUGUGAGGGCUGCAAAGUGAAUGACAUGGAGGCCAUCAAGGAGCAGGGGCUGGCAGUGCAGGACGUAGCAAAGAAGCUGAUCCAGGCUUUUGCUGAACAGAUAUUCUACACUGGCUUCAUCCACUCUGACCCCCACCCUGGCAAUGUUCUGGUGCGGAAAGGUCCAGAUGGAAAAGCAGAGCUGGUGCUCCUGGACCACGGGCUCUACCAGUUCCUGGAUGAGAAGGAGCGAUCCUCCCUGUGCCAGCUGUGGCGGGCCAUCAUCCUGAGGGACGAUGCUGCAAUGAAGACACACGCAGCUGCACUUGGGGUACAAGACUACAUGCUGUUCGCUGAGGUGCUCAUGCAGCGACCUGUGCGCCUGGGCCAGCUGUGGGGGUCCCACCUGAUGAGCCGUGAGGAGGCGGCCUACAUGCAGGACAUGGCUCGUGAACACUUUGAAGGCAUAAUGGAAGUGCUCAAGGCACUGCCCCGGUCCAUGCUACUCGUGCUGCGGAACAUCAACACAGUGCGUGCUAUCAACUCAACCCUGGGCGCCCCCGUUGACCGCUACUUCCUCAUGGCCAAGAGUGCUGUCUGGGGUUGGAGCCGCCUGGUGGGUGAGGCAUACCACGGCAUUUACAGCAGUAGCCUCUUGCGCCACGUCAAGGUCAUCUGGGAGGCAUUCAAGUUUGAGGUGGCUCUGAGGCUGGAGACCCUUGCCAUGCGGCUCACCGCCAUCCUGUUGCGUGUCCUGGCCCGCCUGGGCUUUGCCCCCGAGGCAGAGGAGGUCUCCCAGUACUUGGAGAUGUAGGUCCCUGCCAGG